AUGUUAUCAUUUUCUAAAUCAUUUGAACAUAUAUUAGAGUCAUCUGUUUUCACUAGCAGACCAGAUUCUCCUGAUAUUGAGUCUACUUUUAACAACAAUGACGAUGAAAACUGUGACGGUGAUGACCAAACCGACGAGAACUACGUAGUUAAGUGUAAGGCCUGUAAUAAAUGCCUUUCUUGUGUGCUAAAAUUGUUCUACACAAUUCCUAUGUUACAAACUGCAUACCCCAAUCUCUUUGUUUGUUACAAAUUUGUACUAACAAUACCUACUACACAAGUUUCAUGUGAGAGAGUCUUUUCGAAGGUCAAAUUUAUUAAAACGCGCUUGCGCAGUCUACUUUCCCAAGAUCUGUUUGAGCCCCUAGUGCUAAUGAAUGUCGAAACCUCGGAAGCUCUUAAGACUAACAAAAACGCUGUCAUUGAUGCUUUAGCAGAGACGUCCGACGAAUUCAGGAGACUUUUAAAGUAAUAAUUGUAUUUUCGACACUUAAAACCUACAAGCACGGAGUUCGUGGAGUCUCCGUAUAAACCCGUAGUUCCAGGCAGCUCCGUACAGACACGCAGUUCAGUGGGUCCCCGUAUAACGUCGUAAGUGCUUGAAAGUCACUUCUGAGAUAAAGCGCUUCAAAGUUUUGGAUUUACAUUGCGCCUUAUGGGCGGCUGGAUUUUCAGACCAGAAUUACUUUUGAACUAAUUGACAUAUCGAAAUGCGGUUUUCGCUGAUCGAUAGCCCUUGGUUUCCUCUAUCCGACGCACUUCAUAACUCGAAAUUUUCAAAAAACAUAGUUACGACGCUAUACGGCGGCCUGCUGAACUCCGUGUUUGUACCGAGUCCCCGGGAACUGCGUGUUUAUACGGAGCCUCCACGAACUCCGUGUGUAUAGGUUUCAAGUGUCGUUUUGUGUUUGUAUGUUGUACUUGUAGUUUGUAUUCCCUUGCAAUACUAUUCCUAUUCCAUUGUAUUUU